AUGGCCCCAGCAGACUUUCUAGCAGGUUUAUUGGCCAGAGAUUUACGCUGCGACAACAACGGCCAGAAUUGCUUCUACCUGGACGACGACGAUGACGACCGGGACUUCGAAGAUCGCUGGGACAAUUGGGGUCGCUGGGUCGCGCUCAUUCUCGUCGUCAUAUUCUUCCUCCUCAUGGGCUACCUGUUCUCAAUAACCCGCCGCCGCCGUCAGCGAGGCUUGGCUCCCAUGUACGGAACGGGUUGGAUUCCCGGCACCGGCCCCAAGCCGCCACAGGGACAAUGGGCGGACGGACGGAACGGAGGACCGAGUCACUACGUUGCCCCUCCGCCGCCGUACAUGGGCAACCAGGCCACGGGCACGACGUUCAACAGCAACGACGGGUACUACGGUGGCCACGCCAACCAGGCCGGGGGGGCGGGUAUCGAACUCCAACAGCCACAAUCGAGUUACCAGCCGCAGCGAGGAGGAGACAAUGUCUAUACCGCGCCCGCGGGUCCUUCCCCGGGAAAGGGCGAUAACUAA